AUGCAAACAGGGAAAGACCCUGAGCCCUGCAAGAAACACACUUAUUCCCUAGAAGGCUGGUCAGAGUGUAAACCAUGUCCCAUUGGGAAGAUCUGUCCGGAUGGCAAGGAUGCUUUUGACUGUCCAGCAGGUCAUACUGCUGACAAAGAUGGCGCUAAGUGUUUGCCAUGUCCUGGCGGGAAGAAGUGCAUCUCGGGGGCGCCAGAGCCUUGUGGACCGGGGGAAUUCAGUCCGUUGGGUGUGACAAUCUGUCAGAAAUGUCCUGCUGGCCACUUCUGUCCCAAGGAAUCCACGGUGCCCCGCCCCUGUCUUGAUGGUAACUAUGCUCCUGCGGGAGAGGACAAAUGUCUUGACUGCCCAGCCGGUAAGCUCUGCGCCAAUAAGAAAGAAGCAGUCGCUUGUCCGGAUGGGACCUACUCAUUGAAGAAUGAUCCGAACUCGGCUUGUAGACGCUGUCCACCAGGCCAUGUCUGCAAGGACAAGAGCAGUCUCCCUAAGCCUUGUAAGGAGGGCUGGUACAACACUGACCCAACUGCCACAGAGUGCAAGCAGUGUCCUGCAGGACAUGGCUGUCCAUCUACGUCAAUGGAACCGAUACUUUGCUCUCCAGGGUCCUCGGCUAAAGCCGGCCAGAGGGAAUGUACCACUUGCCCAGCUGGAUAUGAAUGUCACAGCCGGACUGAUCCAAGCAAGAAAACAAGAUGUCUGCCUGGGUCGUAUUCUAAAUACGGGGCGGUCAUCUGCACAAGUUGUCCUGCCGGAAAAUUCUGUCCUAACAUAACGAUUCCGAAGGAAGUUGAUUGUAAAGAUGGGUCCUACUCGGCUGGUAACCAGACAGAGUGUACUGUCUGUCCUGCUGGGAAGGUGUGUAAGAGUAAGGAUGGAUCAGGUAUCGUUGCAUGCAAGCCGGGCCAGUACUCUAUGCCAGGUUAUAAGAAAUGUAUCAGCUGCCCAGCUGGCUAUUCCUGCGCAGAUUCCAAGAGUGCCAAGCCGAAGAAGUGUGAGAAUGGAUCAUUUGCUGAAGCUGAAGCACUGGCAUGUACCCCCUGCCCACCAGGAUACGCUUGCCCAGACACCGCAAGUGCCCUCAAGUAUCUUUGCCCAGAUGGGACAUACUCCCCCGGGAAUGCGACCAGAUGUACCCCGUGUUUGGCUGGAUAUGAAUGUCCAGACAAAUUCACUAACAGCAGUAAACCGUGCGGGGUUGGCUACUAUUCCCUCGGCAACCAGAAGUACUGUAAGCAGUGUCCAGCUGGGUAUUAUUGCACCACGACCGCCUCGAGUCCCCUCAACUGCCCGUUGGGGACGUACAGUGAUGCAGGGUCCCAGGAGUGUACAGAGUGCGAGAGUGGAUAUUUCUGUCCCUCCCCUGAAGGAAGUCGGAAACAAGAGUGUCCACCUGGAGCCUUCUCCAACGGUUCUUCUGUAAUCUGCGAGUGGUGCAACCCCGGUUUUAUUUGUGCGGGUGGCUCCAACGAGAGCGAGCCAAUCGAUGGGGAGUGUAUGAUGGGAGGCUGGUGUGAUGGGAAGGAGUGGAUCCCUUGUCCUGCUGGCACAUACAAUCCUUACAAUGGCUCGGCUGAUCCAGAGUUUUGUCUCGAGUGUCCUGAAGGUUACUUCUGCCCGAUCCGUGGAAUGAUUGAUUACAAGAACGACACAUUCCUGUGCCCGGCAGGCUUCUAUUGUCCAAAUGGCACAGCCUCGGCCUACCAGCACCCCUGUCCUGCUGGAACCUACAACACCAGUGAGGGCCUGACAAAUGAGGAUGAUUGCGAGGACUGCCUGGAGGGACAUUACUGCCUCGAGGGGACAUCCGACGAGGGUAUCAAAUGUCCCCCAGGCUUCUAUUGCAAGGAGGGUCAACCAAGUGGCUUUGUUCAUUCAUGUCCACUGGGAACAUGGAGCGACAGAGUAGGACUCGUUAAUGAUUCACAGUGCGAAGUUUGUCCUUCCGGCCACUUCUGCCCUUGGGGUUUCCCGAAUCAACCCAGUGUGAAACCGAUUCCCUGCGUCCCGGGCACGUUCAACCCCUUUGAGGCCAUGGGCCACCCUCUCAGUUGUCUCCAGUGUACGGCGGGAUGGGCUUGCCCAGAAGUCGGGUUGGACGAAGUGACGGAGCCUUGUAUUGAAGGUCAUUUCUGUCCACCCGGCACGAUAGUCCCUUGGCAGUAUAAAUGUCCGCCCGGAGCGUACACAGAAUCUACUAACGCCACGAGCUCGGAGGACUGUGAUCCAUGCCCCCCUGGCACGUACUGCUCAUGGGGCACUGGUCUGAACUACAACGGUCCCCAACCCUGUGCGACCGGCCACUACUGCCCUGAAGGCUCGCCCUCCCCUAAUCGAUUCCCUUGUCCUGCCGGAACCUAUACUCGAAAGUCGAAUCUUUGGAAGGCGGAGCAGUGCACCAUCUGUGAUGAGAGGUUCUUUUGCGAAGGCGGUGGCGGUGCUCCAUCCGGUCCUUGUCCACCCGGUUACUACUGUCCCCCAGGCACCAAGCUGGCGUACGAGUUCCCUUGUCCGAAUGGCACUUACAAUGACGAGUUCAGUAUGAAGAACGAUUCAGAUUGCAAGAUAUGUAAAAUAGGUCAGUUCUGUGAAGUUGGAGUGGUGAAGCCUGCCCCCUGUCCGGCUGGGACCUACAUGCCAUUCGGUGUAGCACCCAAUGGGUCUUUGAUAGGACCAGGUCAAUCUGGGAAACGGGAGUCCAGUUGUUUUGACUGUCUAGGGGGGCACUGGUGUGCUGAGGGCACCUAUGACCCCACACCAUGUGGAUAUCGGUUCUACUCCCCCAUCGGCCAGAAGACGUGCUUCCCUUGUCCACCGGGUUAUUACUGUGAGAGUAAUCAGACCUCUGAUGCUAUCAUGAGGGCGAAGAUGUAUUGUCCGAAAGGGAGCUAUUGUCGAGAGGGACUGCGGUGGCUGAAUGAGUCGAGACUGUGUCAGAAGGGCCGGUUCUGUCCAAAUGGAUCUGCCAUAGAGCUUGCAUGCCCCCUGGGUACAAUCAGACCUGAGCCUGGAGCAGGGGACAUGGAAGACUGCCAUCCCUGUCCGCAAGGGGCCUACUGCCUGGAGAAGUCCUGGUACAUCUCGGGUCUCUGUGAGAAGGGCUUCUACUGCCCCAGUCCCUUCCUGAGCCCAUACAGGAACGCAACCACUGGAUAUGGAAACUUGAUGAUUGGAUCUUAUGGGCCAAGACAGGUGCCUUGUCCUAAUGGGACGUACACAGACAUGACAGGCACCCAAAAGGUCACAGAUUGCAAAGUGUGCCCAAGAGGUUACUAUUGUCCACUUGGUACAGCCGACCCACACAAUUGUCCAAGAGGGUUUUACUGCUCAGAUGGAUCACCUAAACCUAUGCCUUGUUUGCCCGGGAGCUAUGGAAAUAGGUCCAAUAUCAUCAGUGCAGACACAUGUACCCCUUGUGAUGGUGGAUGGUACUGUGACUCCCCCGGCCUCCUCCAGCCCCGUGGCCUCUGCAACCCUGGCUAUGUCUGCUAUAAAGGUGCAAAUAACUCGAGACCUGAUGACGGUGUGACUGGAGAACCUUGUCCGGCUGGUGGAUUCUGUACUGCAGGAGCAGCAUAUGUACGCCCAUGUCCUCCAGGAACGUAUGGCAACAGAACCGGUGCCACCAAUCACUAUGACUGCAUGGAGUGUGAUCCGGGGUACUUUUGCAAUAAGAUAGCCGGCGGGGAGCCGAGUGGCAAGUGUUGGGGUGGAUACUAUUGCCCCGGGGGCGCCAAGACUCUGCGACAGAUGGUGACGCAGCCAGGCUUCUACAGUCCCAACGGAUCCAAGGAACCCAAGGAGUGUGAGCAGGGGACUUACAUGCCGUAUGACACAGCAUCGGCAUGCCUCACGUGUGAGCCAGGGUACUACUGCCCCACGAUGAUGAUGUCUGAUCACUUUCCGUGUCCGAAGGGAAAGUACUGCGGGAAUGGUAGCGUGGUGGCGAGUGACUGUCCUCCUGGUACUUUCUCUGGCAUAUCUCAUGCAACCUCACUCGAUAACUGCACCGCCUGCCCACGUGGCCACUUCUGUCGUGACCGCGGGGCCACUGCUCCAACCGGGAAAUGUCUCGCUGGCCAUAUCUGCUUCCUCAAUGCUUUGGCGGAUGAACCUGUAUUCAACAACAACACUGAGGGCAACCGCACGCUGAUCCUUUGGGGUGAUCAGUGCCAACCUGGUCACUUCUGCCCAGAGGGGGCGCUGAUGAUGAUACCGUGUCCGAAGGGGACCUACAAUGCAUACUUCAGAGGCGUUUCGGAGGAGAAUAGCUGUAAGGUGUGUAAUCCUGGACAAUACUGUAACACAACAGGAUUGGAAAGACCCACUGGUCUGUGUGAUGCUGGUUACUUCUGCAAAGAGGGAGCAUGGCGACCCAACCCUAUCAACGACACAACUGGAGACGUGUGCCCAAAGAAGUACUACUGCCCGCUGGGAACGACCAAACCAAGGCCCUGCUCAGCUGGCUACCAUGCCAAUUACACAGGCUUGAAGAACUGUAUCCUGUGUCCUGCUCGAUUCUUGUGUUAUCCUGGGAGGGAUCCAGUGAUCUGUCCUCGAGGGUGGUACUGCCAGGGGCCAGGUUUGGUCAAUGCGACUGGACUAAUGCAUGCUGGCUACUGGUCGAGACGGAGGUCUACGAUCCCCACUCCUGGAGACGAUGAUAACCCUGACUAUGGAAUCUGUCCGAAGGGCUUCUACUGUCCGGAGGGAAGUCGGGCACCAAUACCCUGUCCACAUGGAACUUAUGGUUUCCGUAAAGGUUAUGGCAGCCUAGAUAAAUGUGAGGCUUGUCCACCUGGUAAAGCCUGUCCUUGGAAGAAUAUGACCGGGCCAGGCCCUGAUUGUCUGCAGGGAUACUACUGCACCGGGAGAUCACCAAGCGUCAAACCUUCCAAUGCUUCGUAUGGCGACAUUUGUCCUUCAGGUCACAAAUGUCUCACAGCUUCCAGUUCCCCGGACCCCUGUCCGCCUGGGACGUACCAGGACCUCUGUGGUCAGUCUGAAUGUAAGACGUGCCUGAAGGGUUUCCACUGCGGGGAGAACACCACCAGCCCUGUGAUCUGCCCUGUAGGUCAUUACUGCCCUCAGGGAACUAAAGGAGGGGAGCAUGAACCCUGUGUUCCUGGCACGUUUAACAACCUCACUGGGAUGCACCAGUGGCAGUACUGUCUGGAUUGUCCCCCUGGUCACUAUUGUGAUAAAGAAGCAGCCAUCAAGCCUACAGGCGAGUGUGAAGCCGGCCACUACUGUCACCUAGCAGCAACAUCGGCUUUCCCAAACAAAACGAAAACGGGGAGCCAAUGUGAGCCAGGCAGUUACUGUCCACGAGGCAGCUCGAAGCCAUUCCCCUGCACCCCUGGCUGGGCAUGUUCGACCUCCGCUAUGCAGAGUCCUAAGGAUGAGUGCCUUCCUGGAUAUAACUGUCAGCUCGGCUCAUGGAAUGUUAACGGGAGUCGUGGAAAUUCAACAGCGUUUCCAUGUCCUGCUGGGAAGUUCUGCGGGAAGAAAGAAUCUGUCGGUCACCUCUGCCCGGCUGGGACCUUCCUCAACUACACCGGGGCGCAGAGUCCAGCAGAGUGUGUGACUUGCCCAAAGGGACACUAUUGUGAAGGAUACGGUAAUGUGGAGACAUCGGGGCUGUGUCAGAUGGGAUACUAUUGUCCAGCAUCCAUGGUGCAGAAAGAUCCCUUGAAAUUCAUUUGCCCCAUUGGGAAUGGUUGUCCGCGUGGCAAGGCUCAUCCCUGGCGCUGUUCAGCGGGAUAUUACCAAGAUGAGAUGGGUCAAAGGGGAUGCAAACGGUGUCCUCCUGGUUACUACUGUGGAAGACAUCUACAUCUGUCCAACAACACCAUAUGUCCUCCAGGCCACUACUGCCCAGCCAAGACCAGGAGGCCGUAUCAGUAUAAAUGCCCGCCAGGAACGUUUAACCCUCACGUUGGUCUCCGCUCUAAGUCGCAGUGUACAAUCUGCCCUGGAGGAUUCUACUGUAAUGAGACGGGGCAGUCGAAUGUCAACACCUCAUGCGAUGAAGGUUUCUAUUGCACUGGAGGUGCCACAGUUCCUCAGCCUAAAGAUGGUGCGACUGGAGGUGAAUGUCCAAUGGGGUUCUUCUGUCCACGCCAGUCAACUGCACCAGUGAAAUGUCCCAAGGGUUUCUUCUCUAAUUACACGAGAAUGACAGCCUUGAUGGACUGUUUGGAAUGUCCAAAAGGUUACUACUGCGGUGCUGCUGCCUUAUCUGCUCCAAGUGGUCCAUGUUGGCCUGGGUUCUACUGCCCUGCCCGCUCUACUCAACCAGACGAGAAGCCAUGUCCGCGGGGAAGCUACUGCCCUGCUGGAAGUUAUGAACCAAAGAAUUGCUCUGCAGCGGGUAGCUACUGCAAUGAAUCCGGAGCCUCUCGUCCAAGUGGCCCAUGUCAUCCUGGCUACUUCUGUCCCGAGGGGACUGUCAAGGAGAAACCUAAGAAUACUUCAUGUCCGACAGGCCAUUUCUGUCCGAAAGGAGCAGCCUUGCCAGUACCAUGCAGAAACAACAGUUAUGCCAACACCACCCACUCGGUCGAGUGCCACUCUUGCCCAGCAGGUCACUUCUGUGUCAAAAUCGGUGAGAGUGAAAUCUGUCCAAUAGGCUUCUACUGCCCUAAGGCAACUGGCAUCGACAUUCGGCCGUGCCCACCGGGGACAUUUGGUAACGAGACGGGCUUGGUGAAGGAGAAAGACUGUUUGUGUGGACCAGGGCACGCCUGCCUCGGGCAUGACGAUACCAAAUACCCCGUCAGCCAGGUUCUCAAACAGCUCCCAAAACAUUGCCGUCAAAUGAUGCUGACUGGUAAAAGCGUGCUCUGUUUCAAAGGGAACUACUGCCCUAAUUCAGCCAACAACACAGAAAUGGAGGGAUGUCCUCCAGGGACAUACGCCAAUGACCUAGGAUUCGCAGAGUGUAAAACUUGCCCUGCAGGUUAUUUCUGUGAUGGUGAUGUGUUAGACUAUGAGGAGAAUCCAUGUGAGGUGGGAUACUAUUGCCCAAUAGGGACAAAGGACCCACGCGAGUACCCAUGUCCCCCUGGCACGUUCAGUGACCUCACAAUGAGAAAGAGUGUGGAGGACUGUCAGGCCUGUCCUGCUGGAAAAUACUGUGAAAAACCUAGCCUCUCUGCCCCAACUGGUGACUGUGCUGGUGGCUAUUACUGUACCCAAGGCUCCACCAUAGACACUCCUAAUAACAAGACCAUGGGUGGUCACUGUGAGAAGGGUUUCUUCUGCCCGACCGGAUCAGGUCAUCCGGUCCCAUGUACGCCAGGGUAUCACUGUGAGGCAGACUAUCUCAAGGAACCCUCGGGACAGUGUGAGGAGGGCUAUUACUGCACUGGGAGUAGAAAGUUUCCCUGUCCAGCUGGCGCCUACUGUCCUGAAGCAAGUUACCACCCUACCCUCUGCCCAGCUGGAACCUACAACAACGAAACCAGCAAAGGAAACGUGUCAGAUUGCCUGCCAUGUGAGCCGGGGUCUUACUGCUCUGGUCUUGGCAAUGUUCAACCUACUGGGUUGUGUCAAGAAGGUCAUUACUGCCCAUCAGGUCAGGCGAGUCCUAUGCCAAAUGUGUUUGCAUGCGAACAUGGCUACUUCUGCCCAAAAGGUAGCGCUGCUCCGAAGCGCUGUCCUGCCGGCACUUACCAGGAUGAGACGAGUCAGCGUCAGUGUAAGACCUGUCCACCUGGCUUUGUGUGCGACCCAACCAAUGAACCAGUAGUUCUGUAUGAGAAUGCCGAGUGCCCAUCGGGUCAUUACUGUCCUGCUGGUACAGGCUACGCCUACAACUUCCCAUGUCCGAACGGAACGUACAGUAACAUGACCAGGAGGUCUAGUCUCCAUGACUGUCUGCCUUGUCCAGCAGGCUUCUCCUGUGGUAUGCCGGGACUUGAUCAGCCCAUGGAAAAGUGUGAGCCAGGCUUCUACUGCAAGCAGGGAGCCAAUGAUUCUCGGCCAGCUAUGGGAGAGAUGGCUGACACUUGUCCACGAGGCCACUUCUGCCCUGAGGGGACCAUCAACCCAUACCCCUGCCCACCCGGGUCAUACAGGAAUGAGACAAGGGCCAAGGGGAGAGAGGACUGCUACAGUUGUAUUGGUGGACAUUAUUGUCCUGAUGUUGGGAUGGAAAGCCCAGGCCCAUUAUGCCAACCAGGUUACUACUGUCCAAGUGGCUCAAAGCAUCCAGACCAUGUCCGAUGUUCGCCUGGAUCAUACUGCCCCGAAGGAAGUCCUUCACCUACUCCAUGUCCAAACGGGACUUUCUCGAAUGCUGUGAACUUGAAGGACAGUAAAGAGUGCAAGAGUUGUACACCGGGAUUCUAUUGUCCAAACGAAGGAAUGACCCACUUCAGUGCCCAGUGUUGGGGCGGCUACUACUGCCCAAGUGGAGCAUCUGUCCCAAACCCUGAAGAGUUUCUCUGCCCUGGAGCCAUGCAUUGUCCAAACGGCAGUCACAUCUACCAGCCAUGUCAAUCAGGGAUGUUUACCAAUGAGACAGGAGCUUCAGAUUGUGAGACAUGUCCAGCUGGGUAUUACUGUUUGCCAGUUGUUCUACAGAAUGCCUCGCGUAAUGCCUUGCCCUGUCCUCGAGGGUACUAUUGUCCACCAGGCACUGGUCGUGAUUGGAAAGCGUGUCCCAGUGGUACCUACAAUGACCAGCCGAUGGCAUCAAGCAUCACACAGUGCACACCCUGUCCUGGUGGAAAGUACUGCGAAGGUGAACACCUCAUCAGACCAACUGGAAACUGUACAAAAGAUGAUGUUUGGUAA